CGGCGCGCGGGUGCUGCCCGGUAGCCGCAUCCCGCGAUGCCGAGCCUGGCAGUGAAGUCAGCCUUCAUCAGCCGAAUAGUUUAUGCAUGAAUCGAAACUUCAGAGCUGCCUGGGUGGGGGAACGAGCAGGAUCUUUGCUCUUUUAAAGCACUUGGAGUCGAGGAAGGAGGAGGGGAAUAGAGGAAGUAGCAGCAGAAUAAGCCCAGGGAAGCGGGGAGAGAUUUGAGAAGCUGCAGGAGUUGUUCGCUCUGCUCUUGCAAGGAGCCAAGUUCCUUAAGCAUCUCCUGGCGGAUACUAAGAGAGAACUGUGGAGACCGGAGCGUUCCCCUGGACACUUGCGUGCUGUAGCUUUAAGACUGUUUUACAGAGGACUUGGGAUUUUUCGGUUUUCCUGCGCCUGGUGGAGUAUUCCAGGGAGCUGCAGAGUUUUGGGGUCAUGCACCCCCUUUUUCUGUUGUCUUCUGCCUUUCUCUUUCUCUCUUGCUCCUUUUCGUUUCAAAGGGACAAAGCUACUUCAGUUUGGAGCACAAACAUAUGAUCAGCACAUGGAAAUGUGGUAAUUUGGAUGCAUUCAUGAUUGCAACAGAUUGAAGAAAUUAGACCAGACAAAGAGCUUUUUUUGGAAGAGGAGGAGGAGGAGGCAAGGCAAGGAGGGAGGGAGAGUGGGUGAAAGAAGGGGACGCCACCAAAAAAAGGGACGGCCGUGACACGCGGAUGCUAAAUAUAUCCCGUAGUAAUGGAGAGGGACCGGAUUUCAGCUCUGAAAAGAUCUUUUGAGGUCGAGGAGGUAGAUCAGUCUUCAAAUUCCUCCACCCCACAAAGACGGACCCCAAACCCUCUCCUCAGAUCCACUGUGUCCAGCUCCACACAGAAGUUUCAGGAACUCGGUGCCAGGAAUUCAGAGCCAUCUGCCAGGCAUGCAGACCCCACAAGCCAAAGAUCACCCAAGCCCUCUCUGAGGAGAGUGGAGCUCUCUGGACCCAAACUGCCCGAGCCGGUGUCCAGAAGAACAGAAAUCUCCAUUGACAUCUCAUCCAAGCAAGUGGAGAACUCCACCUCAGGGUUGUCAAGGUUUGGCCUCAAAAGAGCAGAUGUGCUGGGGCACAAACCUCCUGAGCCCAGCCCGAGAAGGACUGAGAUCACGCUAGGCAAGCCCCAGGAGCCGGGUCUGCGGAGGGUGGAAGCGCCCGUGUCAAAGAUCCCAGAGAUGCCCCAGCGGAGAGCGGAGGCAGCCGGUGCUCCUGGGCCCGAUCUGGCCACCAAGCGAGUGGAAAUUCAGGUAGCGAAGGCUGCCGAGGUCCCGGCCCCGCCGCUCCGACAGGGGGAGAGUCUGGAACCUUCUCUAAGCAGCCAGCCUUCCGCGGCAGAAGCAAAGCCUGCACCUGUGGUGAUCGAAAGCCCACCAAAGAGAGAAGAAGGUCCCGAGGCACUUCCCAGCUACGCGCCCAGCAUGACGGACGCUCCCAGAGAUGCCGGCCUCAAGCAGGCGGCGCCGGCGCGGCCGGAGAAGCCCGCCGCGGACUUCGGCUACGUGGGCAUAGACGCCAUCCUGGAGCAGAUGAGGAGGAAAGCCAUGAAGCAGGGCUUUGAGUUCAACAUCAUGGUUGUGGGUCAGAGUGGUUUGGGGAAAUCCACAUUAAUCAACACGCUCUUUAAAUCCAAAAUCAGCCGGAAAUCUGUACAGCCAACUUCGGCAGAGCGGAUCCCCAAGACCAUUGAAAUAAAAUCCAUCACUCAUGAGAUUGAAGAGAAGGGAGUUCGCAUGAAGCUGACAGUCAUUGACACCCCGGGCUUUGGAGACCACAUCAACAAUGAGAACUGCUGGCAGCCCAUCAUGAAGUUCAUCAAUGACCAGUAUGAGAAGUAUCUGCAGGAGGAAAUCAACAUUAACCGGAAGAAGCGGAUCCCGGACACCAGGGUGCACUGCUGUAUAUACUUCAUCCCAGCCACUGGCCACUCGCUCCGGCCGCUGGACAUCGAGUUCAUGAAGCGCCUCAGCAAGGUGGUCAACAUCGUCCCGGUGAUCGCGAAAGCCGACACGCUAACGCUGGAGGAGAGGGACUACUUCAAGCAAAGGAUCAUGGCCGAUCUUCUUGCCAAUGGGAUUGACGUGUAUCCUCAGAAGGAAUUUGAUGAAGACUCUGAAGAUCGGCUAGUAAAUGAGAAAUUCAGGGAAAUGAUCCCAUUUGCAGUGGUGGGUAGUGACCAGGAGUACCAGGUUAACGGAAGAAGAAUCCUUGGAAGGAAGACCAAGUGGGGCACCAUUGAAGUGGAGAACACGACACACUGUGAGUUCGCCUACCUGCGGGACCUCCUCAUCAGGACACACAUGCAGAACAUAAAGGAUAUUACCAGCAACAUCCACUUUGAAGCCUACAGGGUCAAGAGGCUGAACGAGGGCCAGAGCUCGCUGUCCAACGGGGUGACCGACAAAGAGCUGGUGGCCAACGAAAUGUAACCGUCUCGCUCUGUAGCCAGGACCUUACUCGCUCACGCUCGCUAUUUUUCCCUUCCUCUUCCCCCCCUUUAUUUUUAUAUAAAUCCUCUGCCACUGUCCCUUCUUCUCCAGCCCCCCAGUGCCAAUGUUAACUGACCAAAUACCCAGGUGCCGCAUCUCGUCGGGCCGCGCGCGGCGGCUCCGG